UAGUAAGUCCAGAGGUUUCGGAGAAGUGACAGCGCUCAAACACGAGUCCCGAAAGAUGCCACUGAGAGGGAUCAUACAGUGAUCGAGCGGAGGACUUUAAGAAAAAAGACAUUUAACAGCGCGUGCAACGAGCUGUCACACUUUCGCUGCUUACUUUUUUAACUGGUGUGGUUAGUAAAACCACGUGGACGCUAAGCUGAUGUGUGACGUCUACAGUCUGGACUCUCACUGCGUGUCUCCACGAUGCAACAUGAGCUGGAUGGAGCCUGCUAACUUCUACGAGAGCAACAAGCUGAUCGGCUUUAAACCGGCGAGGAGCGACGCCGUGGCGGCGGCAGAGGACGGCACCAUGGUGGAGCUGAGCACCGCCCCCGCCAUCUACGACGACGAGAGCGCCAUCGACUUCAGCCAGUACAUAGAGUCCAUGACCUCCGUGCCCACCCUGGAGCUGUGCAACGACGAGCUCUUCCUCGACCUGUUCAACACUGUGAAGCAGGAGAAGGCGGACUUCUACAGCCUGCCGGGCUCCGCGCUGACCGGCGGCGUGCAGCAGCAGCCGCCGCCUCCUGCAGGCUGCGGGUCGGAGCGGGCGGCGUUCGGCGCGCCCAUCAAGCAGGAGUCCGACUGGAGUGACAGCGACAUGUCCUCCUCCCUGCCGUCACAGAUCGAAACAUGCGCCCAGACGUCCGUCAGCCUGCCCACGGGACAGCCGACUCCUCCCACCACCCCGGAGCCCGUGUCGUCCAGCAUGGUGAGCUCGACCAAAGCGUGCCCGAGGAAGGCGGCGGGGGGCAGGGAGAAGGGCAAGAAGAGCCUGGACAGGUUCAGUGUGGAGUACCGGCAGAGGCGAGAGCGGAAUAACAUCGCCGUGAGGAAAAGCAGGGACAAAGCCAAGAGGCGCAACCUGGAGAUGCAGCAGAAGCUGAUCGAACUGAGCGCCGAGAACGACCGGCUUCACAAAACCAUCGAGCAGCUCAGCAGGGAGCUGAGCGGCCUGAGGGAGUUCUUCAAGCACGUGCCCGGCGCCUCCUUCGCGGGCUCCACGGGCGUAAACAGCCGGUGACAGACCCACGUGCGCCGCCCAAUAACUGACAUACCUCAACAGACACUUUGUGAUUUACCAUCUGUAACAGAUGCAUUUUUAAGCUUACCAUAAUGGCACUGGAAAUAUGAUGUUGCUGCCAUAUUAUUUUGUGGGAUUUUGUUUUUCGAUUAUAUUAAGUUAUUUUUACCACUGCAUUUACAUGAUAUGGUACAUUGUUUUAUAAUUCCAACCUUUGUAUGAGAGCCAGAGCAUGAUCUUUUCUAUAGUUUGUAUUGAAAACAUUUUGUUUAUGGAAUCUAUAAUAAAACAGUUUGAAAAUGUG